UGGGGUUUCGGUCAUAUCCACAGCAGAUGAGAAAAUAUGAUCUGAUAUUGUGAACUACGGGACCAAGAAAUGACUUUGAGUAUAAGAAGAGGCGUGUUUUUACGUGUUACCAUUGUGAGCUUCUUAUGCUGGAAUGGAGCCGCCCAAGACAGAGCAGCUUUCUGUAAUUCUUUACUGAACUGUUUCGCCUCCUCUCUACUCUGCCCUGUAUUGUUUGGAUACUACAACUGUACUGAUUUCAACAUUCAGAGAAAUACUGGACCGGCAUGCGGGGAGAGCCGCGUGACAGGAAGAGCAUCCCUAUACGCCAUGCCACGUGUUGUCGGUGGUGUCGACGCGGAGGAGAGGGAGUUCCCAUGGACAGUGAACGUCGUAGAUGAACAGGCCGUUAUCAGCAUGUGUGGAGGCUCCAUUAUAAGGAAAGAUGUGAUCCUCACGGCCGCCCAUUGUGUCAGAUCUGUUGUCAGACGCCCAAACUCCUUGUCAGUUGGAUAUGGAUCUACAAGACGAUCCAACCUCGUCCGUGUCCGGGCCAGUCGGAUCAUCAUCCAUCCAGAUUAUAAUGAUAGAAAUGAAACCGGUAAUAGCUUCCCUGAUAGUCUUCAAAAGGCAGCUGUGCCAUUGGUCCCCCUGAACUCCUGUCAAAGAUCCUAUGCAGACAAUUCAUUCGUACUUGUCUCGGACAGACAGCUGUGUGCCGGGUAUUUUGGCACUGGAGGAAUUGAUGCCUGUUCGGGAGAUUCCGGAGGUCCACUGAUGUGUCCUGAUGGGGACAAAUGGGUUUUAUACGGUGUGGUAUCCAGAGGAAAUGGUUGUGGCCGAGCUCAGUCUCCAGGAGUUUAUACCAACGUCCCGCAAUAUGUUGACUGGAUAAUGUCGCAGAUAACCUAA